GAAGGCUCUUGUCCUGAUUUUAAUUCUCUUGGUUCAAACCAUUUCCUAAUAAGUCAGUUUUAAUGAAGUGUUAAAAGGAGAACUUAAAUAAGGGUAAUUUCUGAUGGAGAAUAAUGGGAAGAAGUGGUUUAAGUUAACUAAACAUGUUUUAUAUCAGUCCAUGGUUAUUUAAUUGAGCAUUGUUUGGAAUUUUUCUUUUUGCAUUGUUCCUGGUGUGCUUUUCUCUAUCUAAGGGAUGUUUGGAGGUCAUUUUGGUUGGUUGAAGGUUUUUAAUGUCAGUGCUGGAUUGGGGUGGACAGUCAUUGUAACAUGAUUUAGAGUUGGAUGCAUUUUAUUCUGUGUGCCCUGUUUGAUGUCUCGUGUUCAGCGAGUGACUGGUCAGAGUUUGGCCCAAGCCUUUGUUUUUCAGGUGAAAAAGCCGAAGGGGGAAUUGUAGUUGCAGCUUUGCCCUUGAGCUGCAGCUGGAGCCUGGCCAAAGAACAAGGCAAAGCUCCCUGGGGAAGGAAGGGGGAGCCAGAGAAGAAAAGCAGCUGCAGCCAGAAAGUGGGAUGGAGCCUGGAAAGUGCACAGAGCUGAGCCCAGGGAUUGAAAGGGACCAAGCAAGGGAGGUGAAGAAAGAAGGAAGAAGGGAAGUGAGGCAGCAGGCAAGCAGCACCAAGUUGCUGUGUAAGCAGAAAGUGCAUGGAGCUGAGCCAAGGAACUUAAAGGGACUGAGCAAGCAAAGUCAAGAAAGAAUGAAGAAGGGAACUGAGGCAGCAGCCAAGCAGCACCAAGCUCCUCUACAACCAGGAGAAAAUGGGGCAAGCAGGCAGGAAGAAGAGAAGCCCCGUGACUCCUCCCUGAGCCCCAGACAGCCCAUGAACUGCCUUGCUGGGAAUGGUGGGACGGGCUGGACUCUGCAUUGCUCCCUCGGGAUGUGUGGAACUGCAGGAACUCCUGGUGCCGCCUGGGCCGAUGGAUUGGACGCCCCAGCCCCUCCGUUCCUGCCCGGCCACUGGGGCCGUGUCCAGUGGUGGCACUGCCAGCCCUGCAGUGGGAUGGAGCCUGGAAAGUGCACAGAGCUGAGCCCAGGGAUUGAAAGGGACCAAGCAAGGGAGGUGAAGAAAGAAGGAAGAAGGGAAGUGAGGCAGCAGGCAAGCAGCACCAAGUUGCUGUGUAAGCAGGUGAGUUGUGUUGAGGUUCCUCAGGCAGGCACUGAGGACUUGGAGGGCUCCAGACAGAGCAGACCUGGGAAGGCCCUCGGUGAAGCCCCUUGGAAACCUUCUAAGGGUAGUUGUGUAUGGUGAUAAGUGUUGGGAAAUGUCCUGAAUGUGGAACAGGAAUGCAGGGAAGGAAAAUGAGCCCUCCUGUAAUGCUGACCCCUCCCAUCAGCUGCAGUGGAGACCCCUCCGUGUGCCCUUUGGGAGCGGAUUGCCAGGACCCCCGUGGGGCUGGGAUCAUGGCAGGGUGUUGUAAGCAAGGAAUGCCUGGCUUCUAAAAGUCACCAGCUGAGUCUUAGAGGCUCCUUUGAAGAGCUGUUUUCAGGCAGGCAAAUUGCCCCCCAGGAGGGACUCUGUGCCUGCUCUCCCGUGGCUCCGAGGGAUCUCUGGCCCUUCACGCCGGCACCGAGAUUUUCUCGGGAAGGGCCUCAGAUCUCCGGACCAGUCUGGGACACAGGCAAGAUCCCCCUGCAUUUUGGGACCAAAUUGGCCCCUGGAGGGACAGUGCUGUUGGUGCCCCCCGGGUUGGGGCACCCCGAGGACUCCAGCGCGCACCGAAAGGAUUAUUCGGGGAGAUCCUCGGGGUGCCCGGCCCUGGGGAGCUCAAAGCAAGGUCCCUGCCAUGGAUUCAGGCAGUGCUGAGAGUAUCCCAGGGGUCCCUGUCCCUGCUAGACAGGGAGCUCUCUAAUGGGCUGUAAUUGGGUUCUAAAAGCGGUGCUCCAAGUGCCAAAGAAGUGUGGGAUUGGGAUUAAGAAAUGAGCAGUGAGGGUGCAAUUGGCUGUUUUCUCUGGAAUGUGACUGUGAGAGCUGCAGGAGUGCCAGGUGUGUGUUCCAGUCCCCAGCAUUU